CCCCUGUUGCAGAGCCGGCUGUGCAGGAGAAUGGUGAGGAAAGUGGGGAAGGCAAGGAUGGAAAGGAUGCAGAUCCCAGCUCUCCAAAGAAGUGCGAUAUUAUCAUUAUCUCUGGCCGCAGGGAGAAGUGUGAGGCAGCAAAGGAGGCACUGCAGGCUCUGGUUCCUGUCACCAUUGAGGUGGAAGUUCCCUUUGAUCUUCACCGUUACAUUAUUGGCCAGAAAGGAAGUGGGAUCCGUAAAAUGAUGGAUGAAUUUGAAGUGAACAUCCAGGUCCCGGCUCCUGAGCUGCAGUCGGACAUCAUCACCAUCACUGGGCUGGCUACCAACCUGGACCGUGCAAAGGCUGGGCUGCUGAAGAGGGGGGGAGCUGCAGAAAGAUUGAGGGAGCUGAAAGCUGAGCAAGAGGAUCGGGCCUUGCGAAGCUUCAAGCUGACAGUCAUUGUGGAUCCCAAGUAUCACCCUAAAAUCAUUGGGCGGAAGGGAGCAGUGAUCACCCAGAUACGCACAGAACAUGAGGUCAACAUCCAGUUCCCUGACAAGGAUGAUGAAAGUCAGGCCCAAGACCAGAUCACCAUCACUGGCUAUGAGAAGAAUGCUGAGGCUGCCCGGGAUGCCAUCAUGAAGAUCGUUGGUGAGCUGGAGCAGAUGGUCUCUGAGGAUGUGACUCUGGACCAUCGUGUUCACGCACGCAUCAUUGGUGCACGUGGUAAAGCCAUCCGUAAAAUCAUGGAUGAGUUCAAGGUGGAUAUUCGCUUUCCCCAGAGUGGAGCUCCUGACCCCAACUGUGUGACUGUGACAGGACUCCCUGAGAAUGUGGAAGAAGCUAUUGAUCAUAUCCUGAACUUGGAAGAGGAAUAUCUUGCAGAUGUAGUAGACAACGAGGCAAUGCAGGUAUACAUGAAGCCCUCUUCACAUGAAGAAUCCAAGGCCCCAUCCAAGGGCUUUGUGGUGAGAGAUGCCCCCUGGGCCACUGUCAACAAUGAAAAGGCCCCUGAUAUGAGCAGUUCUGAAGACUUCCCCAGCUUUGGGGCUCAAGUGGCCCCCAAGACUCUUCCCUGGGGACCCAAACGAUAAUGACCUGGAAGCAGAAACUCCUCCAGCCUGCUGACCUGACACUAACCUGCCACAAAUACUUCCUGUCUGAAAUCUGACCCAGCGGCUGGAGCACAAGUCAAUUGCCCUAAGAGGUCUCCUAAUGGUGUCUGGAGUGCUAGACCCCAUCCUGCUCCCUUUAGCUAUCUCCAUGGCUAGGACCCACCCUCAUCUCUUGAUGGAUAUUCUUUCCUCUUUUGGAACAAGACUUCAACUCAGAUUCAAACACUAAAUGUGUGUGUUUUUGUUAGAAACUUCAUAAUUGACUCAAAGUGGCUAAGAUUUGCAGCUUCCCAAGCGCUGGCAGAGCAAUCUGCUCUCUUGAGCAUGUCUUACUAGGCAUUCUCGCCUUCAUUAGGAGACCUCCUUUACUGUGGCUAGGAAUCUACUUCCUGUCUCAUGACCUCAGGAAAUAAAUUUCCUUGACUUUCUAAAGCCAAAA